CUCUUCAUUCCACUAUCGAUUCGAUAGAACAACAUGGCAUCGAAACUGACGGUAGCGUUCCUUUUGGUGGCCAGCCUGGCGCUCGCUUCUUCCCGAUCCGCUAAACGGAUCGUCGGAGGAGACGAAGCCGCACCGCAUGAGUUCCCGUACCAGCUGUCGCUCCAGUGGAACUUUGGUCCCCAGGACCGGGCUCCGCUGCACUUUUGUGGAGCCUCGCUGCUGAACGAAAACUACGUGCUGACUGCUGCCCACUGCGAAACCGAGUACUCCGACGACGGAUUCAUCGAAGUGGUGGCCGCGGAACACAACGUGGAAGCGCUCGAAGGUCCCGAGCAGAGGCGCCGCGUGGUGACGUUCGCGAUUCAUCCCGGCUAUCAGGGUGGAGUCAGCCCGAACGAUAUCGCCGUGAUCCGCGUGGAUAAGCCGUUCGAGCUGAGCGAACUGGUGCAAGCGGUGCAGCUUCCGAAGCAGCUGGAACAGUUCGAGGGGGACGUCACGCUGUCCGGAUGGGGAUCCAUGUCGACCACCAUGCAGCCGGAAUAUCCGGACAAGCUGAGGAAAGUGGUCCUCCCGCUGGUAGAGUUCGACGCCUGCCACCGGCUGUGGGACUUUUCGGCUGAGCUGGCGAAGAGUAACGUUUGUGCCGGACCCACCGACGGAUCCCGCUCGGCAUGCUCCGCCGAUUCCGGCGGUCCGCUGGUUAAGCAGCUGGACGGUGGUGCCGUGGUCCAGGUCGGAGUCGUGUCCUGGGGUGCGCUCCCGUGCGGGCAGCCCAACCGGCCGACGGUGUUCGCCGGAGUGGCGCACUACAUCGACUGGAUCGAGGAACAGCUGCGUCAGGAUGCUUAGGAUGCUGUGAUACAGAUUUGGCUGGGAUAACCCUAAUAGAAUCUAUUUUUAUAGGGGGAAAUGAGAAAUCUAGAACAAACAAAAAAUAAUAAAUUCAACUUCAAAUCGGAA